GGACUGAGCGGGGCCGGUGACAUGAGGCGGCCUCGCCGGCCGGAGGAAAAAGGCGACGGUGGGCUUUAGCCAGAGCUGGCGGUUCCCCCUCAGCGCGCCAUGUUCCGCCGCGCCAGGUUUAGCGUGAAGCCGAACGUGAGGCCGAGCGCGACGGGAAGGGGCAACAGCGGCAGCUCCGUCGUCCCGGCGGCGGCCCCUCCCGAUCCAGGUGCUCAGCAUGGCUUGGCGCCCACCGCCUGCUCUUCUGCGGCGGCUGUGGGCAGCCCAACCAUCCAGCCGGGAGCUCCUGCUGGAGACCUUCAGCGGAGCGGCGGUGGUACUAGCAACAAUAGCAGCGAUGAAAAGACCAGUGACGAGAGGGGCGAUGGAGAUUGUAGUAAACACACAGAGACAGUUCUGCAGAGAAGAAAACGAAUAUCCACUAUGCCCAAUCUUGCUAAACCAAGAGUUGUACCUUCAUCUACACAACGUGCUGUCAGUUCAAUGUCAAAAGGUUCUCAGAAACAAAUACCUCACUCCCCUCCGUUUGGUAACUCUCCGCUUCAGAAGGAGUCACCUACAUCUGAGAAGAUUCAUGUGGAUAUUUCUCCAAAGUCUCCCAUACUGCCUGAAAAGAAAACACCUGUUCCCCAGGUUCCACAGUUUUCUCCAUUUAAAAAAUCUGCCAGUAAAGACCCAAAUUCAUGUGUAACAGGUCAAAGAAAUGAUGAAGCCCUUCAAAAGAGCACAUCCUCUCCCCUCAAAGAGAGACCUACGCAGGAAAAAAUGAUUCAAGAGGAAAUAACUCAGUCAAAAUCUUCUCCUGCAAAAGAGAAAAGGAUAUGCUCAGAUCGUGAGAAAAUAAUCAAAACUCAGAAGCUAAGGAAGCUGCUUAAGGAAGAAUUGAAGAAAGAGAAGGAACAAAGGAAAUACAAAUGCCCAGUAAUUGAAAAACCAAUGCCAGAAGAUCGUUCAAAAAUGAUUAUGAGGGACUUUAUAUACUAUUUGCCUGAAAACAAUCCUAUGAAGACUUCACUGGUGGAAGAAAAGAAAGCAGAGAAGACAUCUACAAUAACCCAAGCAAAAGAGCCAGAGGAAAGACUUGUUGCUGAACUUGAUGAUGAAAAUGAAGAAGAUGAAGAAGAAGAUGGAGGAGAAGUAGAGGAUGAUGGGCCCCUUCUAGUUCCUCGUGUGAAAGUUGCGGAAGAUGGUUCAAUUAUUCUAGAUGAAGAAAGUUUAACUGUAGAAGUUUUAAGGACAAAAGGGCAAUGUGUGGUGGAAGAAAAUGAUCCCAUCUUUGAGCGUGGCUCUACAACAACUUACUCAAGUUUCAGGAAAAGCUAUUAUACCAAGCCAUGGUCGGAAAAAGAAACAGACAUGUUCUUCUUGGCUAUAAGUAUGGUAGGAACGGAUUUUUCGAUGAUUAGUCAGCUUUUUCCUCACAGAGCAAGAACGGAAAUUAAGAAUAAAUUUAAACGAGAAGAAAAGGCCAAUGGAUGGAGAAUAGAUAAAGCAUUUAAAGAAAAAAGGCCUUUUGACUUUGAUUUCUUUGCAAAACUCCUUGAGAAGAUCCUGGAAAAUGAGAGGAAGAAAAAGGAAAAAGAUGCUAAAUGUCAGCAUCAAAAAGAGAAAAAUCCCAAUGAGAAAAAAGCCCCCAAAUCUCAAAAAAAGCGAAAAGCUAAAGUUGUCAAUGGACAAAUCAACCACGGUCAGGAUGAUCUCCAGAAUGCCAGAAUGUCUGAUGCAGAAAUGGAAGUGGAUGCUGAGACAGCUGAAAAGGAGAACGAAGAGUCUCCCAGUAUCUUGGAACAGGCAGAGGGGCAGGCAGUUACUGAAUCAAUAGUGACAAAAAAGAAAAGGAAAAGGAAAAAAAAAGAUUCUGAAUAUGAGGCGGAAAAUCUUCCUGAAGAAAGAAUUAUUCCUGCAGAAAUGGCUGAGAGAGAAACCUCAAGAAAGAAAAGGAAAAGUACAUCAUCUAGUGUAGAGUUUAAUGGCACUGGUGAAGUUGGUGAUGAACUGGAGGAUCCUGAUGGAGCAACACCUGAUGAAACUAUUCUUUUGGUUGAGGAAGAUCCACAGUGCUGCAUACAGUUUAACGAAGAAGCUGAGGGAGACAGUAGUUCAACUUUAUCCAGUACUCAAGACAAUGUUUUCAUAGAAGCUGAGUCUGGCGAACUAAAUGUUCCAGAAGCCAGUUCUGUGCACCAUGUUGGGCAGCCUUCAAAGUCUCAAAUGUCUCUAAACACCGAUAAGAACAGUUUUGAUGGGACCGAUGCAGCCAAGAGCAAAAUAGCUGAAUUGGAUAAACUGGAUGAAAAUCAGAAUACACCACCAACAACUCAUGAUGAGGAAAUAAUGGAAACUGAUAGAUCAGCUACUGAAAAGCCUACAAUAGAAGGACGGUUGCAGAGACUUACAUCAGAUGUAGUAAUUGCAUCGGAAAAGAUUGAACUUUCAGUUAGUGACACUUCAGAGAUCAAGAUCUCCCCUUCUGAGCCUAUGGAUGGUGCAGAAAAGACUAAUGUGGAAGAUAAAACUGCUGACAUAACUGGACCUAUCAUAGAGGAAACAUCCAGAAUAAACAAUGGCAUGGAGAUUGAAUCCCUAGGAACUCAAACACCUCUUGCAGAGAAGAUGGAAGUGAGAGGCCGUCGGCAGAGACCUAAACCUAAUAUAGUGAAAGCAUCUAGCAGAAAAGAAGCACCUGUCCAUGGCAAGCUUGACAAGCCAGAGCCUGAUGGGACUGUAGAAAAGGAUGAUGCAGCCAGUGUCACUACAGAAGAGUCUGCUGAAAAAGAUUGCCAGAUUUUAACUACUGAACCUUUGAUUUGUAAGAAAUCUACCUCACAAGAAAGUAGCAAGCAGACUGUUCUGAAACCUGCACCGUUAACAAGGGGACGAAUGCAGAGGCCAAAGCCAAAUUUAGAAAGAAUAGCUAGAAGGCAAAAAGGACCAGCAAGAAACACUGAGGCAGAAGAAGAAAAAGCAGCCAUUGAAGCAGAGAAGCCUCUGAUAGAACCUGAAUGUAACAGCAGAGAACUGUUAAGAAUCGAUACCAUUGAGGCACCUACUUACGAAGCUGAUAUGCCACAUUCUGAGGCAUUAGAAAACAAAGCUGUUGCUAGUGCUGUGAAAGAAAGUUCAAAAUACACAAGCAAGUCACCUGUAAAGAAACCAUUAGGAUGCAAGAGUCAUAACCCCCCAACUACAUCUCUAUCAAGUAACAGUGUGGAGGAUGCGGCUGAUUUUGCUACCAGAGAUUUCCGUCUUCAGCAAGAACAAAAGGAAAUUUCUGCUGAAAUGGAACAUUCUCUAAAAAGUUACUCUCUGAGUCCAAAGGAGAACAUAGGAAAAGUAUCAGAAAGAGAGGAACCAGUGCGAGCAGAAGGAGAAAUGAUCGGGAACAAGAAUGAGACUGAAACUGCAGAAAAGAGUUUAGUAAAUAUCACUAGUGAAUGCAGCAAGUCAUCUAACCUAGAUGAAGCUGCAAAAUGUGGAAUCUUGGCAUCUUCACUUUUGCUAGAGGAACCCCCUGCAGAUGUUCAAGAGGCAGUUGCCACAAACAAAACCCUCCUGUCUCCCCAAAAUCUUUCCGGCUUCAAGACUGGUGAACCAAAUGAGGUUUUACUGUCUCCAGAUAUCCAGAAAAAAGUUUCAGUUGGCAAACAGAGCUCACAAGAAGAAAGCAAACAGAGUGCUAUUCGACCAACACCAUUGCUCAGAGGCAGGUUCCAGAGACCCAAACCUAAUAUUGGAAGGGCCAUUGGAAGGAAAGAAAUGCAGCCUGUGGGAACAAAUGAAGCAGCUACAGCGGUUGUUGGAAAUGAGAAAUCAGAACUAAAAAAAUCUGAACCUUCCAGAACUCCCCCUACGGUGACUCCGCUAAAGUGUGAUAGUAAAGCCUUACCUGUUGAGGCCUUGGAGAAGAAACUGGUGGACACUGAGAAAGUGAAUCAGGAAGAUUCUCAAAUGCCCGGUACCUCUCAGAAUAUUUCAGAACAAUUUUCCAGAGGAAAACCCAUUUCCCAAGAAGAUAAGUCAUAUACUAUCAAGCCAGCUCAGUUGGUGAGAGGGCGAUUCCAGAGAGCCAGGCCCAAUCUUGGAAGGACGAAUGGCAAGAAGGAAGAACCUGUGACAGAAAAUGUUAGUGCUCCAGUUGAGGGAGAAGUAGGAAAAACAGAAAUAACGGUGGUCAAGAAAGAUGAUCUGAACGCACCGAAGGAUGAAGUCAGUGUCCAAGCACCCCUGAGUAAUUUGGAGAAAAAAGAAAGGUCAGAAUCCAGUAACGCCCCAUCACCAAAAAGGUGUAUUGAUCAGAAGAAACAUUCUUCCUCUGAGAAGUCACAGGGAUGUGAACUUCUGAAAGACCAGGAAGAAAUGUGUGUGCUUAAAGAGGAUGAUGAAGGAAAGCACCGGGAUAUUCCUGGAAGUGAUAUUUCUGCCUCUCAAGAAAUAAGACAAUCAAAAAGCAUAAAGCCUAUCCAGCACAUGAGGGGUCACCCUCAGAAGCCAAAGCCAAACCUAGCCCGAGCAGCAAAAAAGAAAGAAGCCUCUUUAGAAGCAGAAACCAGCACAGAAGGAAAGACUGAAAGAGCUACAGAAAAUGAUGCAACCCUACAUGGCAACAACUCUGGAAAAAUAUCCACAGUAAUGCACAAUCGUAGAAAUUUGGUGGAAGCUGCAUCAUUUUCUGAAUCUUUGAGGCAAAAAAAUUGCACAGGUAGCAUUGGGACAGGAUCUCUGACAAGAAGUAAGGACUCUGGGAAAUGUGACUCAUCAGAGCAGUCCUCAGGGAGUGAAAGGCAAAUCCCAAAAGAAAUCUCUAAGCCCCCCUCUGCCCACGAGAGAGCAUCUGAAACAUUGAAAGGAAAACAACCAGGAAGGACACUGAAACAGAGGAAAACCAUCUGUGACUCAAGGACAGUCCCCACUACUGAAAACGAGAACGUCCAUGGUGAAAAGGGAAAGCACCACCAGAAGGUUAAACCAAAUGUUAGCAGAGGCAGAAGCUUAAGACCAGCCCUUCGUAAGAAACCCAGAAAAGAAUAUGGCAGUUCGAAAGUUAACCUGGUGACGCUUAGGGCUUCUUCUCAGGAAGAAGAAGAUGAUGAUGAUGGUGAUGAUGACGACUUUGAGCCAGACUAUGAAGUUGAAUGCUUUUCACCAGAGGAAGUAAAUAAAGCUCCAGUGUUUGUCCCCAAAGGGCUUCGGUCUCCCAAUCCAGUUCCUGUGCAGAUUGAAGAAACUAUGGAAGAGGUCGAGAUAUAUGAGAAUGUUGCAGAUGAGCCGUUUUUGUCCCACGAACUGAGUGUAAUUGAUCAGCCUGUGAUACAGGGAGAUAAAGAUUUGUACACUUUACAAGAUGUUAUUACAGAAGAAGAACAAAAUAAGCAAACAGGGAUUAAUGAUGGAAGUACUGAAGCAGCCAUGACUUUACUUGCAAUGAGAGAUCCAGCAUUCCAGUUAAAUAUCAGCAGCCAAGAAUUGCCCAGCAAAGAUGAACUGAAUGUUCCCAAUAGCUUUCCAGAUGAGCAUAAUGAAGAGCAAAGUAUAGUCGAUUGUAAUGUGGCAUGUUCUGCCCUUUCAAAACAUGAAUUAGUUUCUUCAGACAAUACGAACAAAGCUGCUACAGAAGAUCAUGGUACUGAACCAUCAGGUUUGGAAGAGUGCUUCCAGGAAGCAACUGACAUAUCACGGCCUGCCUCUUCAAAAAAUGAAGUGGUUUCCUCACACAGUGCAAAUGAAGUUGCUCCAGAGUAUCACAAUUCACCCGUUUUGGAAGAAUGUUCACAGGAAACAACUCGAGUUGGCAGGGAUUUAUCUUCUUCCAAAGGAAGUAAAACAUCCAGAAUAGCAAGAUGCAGUUUUCCUAAACCCAAACCCAAUCUUAACAGAGUCCUGGGGCUAAACCGGAACACUCCACAAAAAUUUCUUGCUCUGAGUUCAGGUGUGGAGCAAACAAAUGCAAUCCAGAAUGAGGAGAAAGUGUCAGAAAGUGCUGUGGAAGAGCAGAAAGUUGAACUGGAUUUCAAACUGGAUAAGCUGGCUAAGAGCAGCUCUGCAGAGAAGCAAGAUUUACAGCCUGGAAGUGCUGGCCCUGCCAUACAGACAAACGACACAGAAAGAGAAAACCUGGUAAGAGAGACAUGGGAGUUAAAUGCUCCAAAACUUUCUCCAGAAGCAGAAACCUACCCUCUUGAAUUGGAAAAUGACCCCAACGGAAAUAUUAAUGUCCAAGCUUCUGAUCCUAUUGAAUGCCUACAGCUGUCUACAGUUGAAGUUGCACAAACGGAAGCAAGCAAGUAUUCCAGUAUUUCAGCAACCACAGAGAUGACUGCAGUGAGUAGUGGCAGCAGCAAAGAACAUCCAGAUGUAGAGGAGCCAACAUUCAUUUUAACAUUGGUGGAAAUCUCAGCUGAUCCAGCAGAUUGCAGUAUUGCACCUCCUUCGUUACUACAAACGUCUGAGGAAUUACUUCCAGCACCAGUAUUUUUGACCCCAGAUAAUAUAGAUUCAGUGGAGCUGACAAGAGCACAUAGCAUUGGAUCUGUAACAGCUGCUGCUCCAGACAACACUAGAGAGAGAAGAGGAUUGCAAGUAGCUUCAUCAAAACACUUGGGAGAUCUGGGUUCAACCUCUUGGAAGAAUCUGAAAAGAUGUACUGCGGCUUUUAAAGGAAGUGGUGAUCCUCCUGAAAAGAAAAAAACUCUUUCAACCGGGGAAAACCUGGAAAGCUUUGAGAAGGAGACCUCACUUAAACGAAAGUGUAUACCAAGGAAAGCUGCUGAAACUCCCCCAGAAAAACUGAACAUUUCAAAGAAGAAAAUCUCAUCUACCUAUAGACCAGUAACUGAAACUACAGAGCUACAAGCAGAAGAAAGAGAGCAAUCUUCUCUGAAUCUAGGGGCUAAGCUGCUUGAUGAAGCAGCUAGUACAAGUGAGCAAGUGUCAAGAACACUUCAUGCAGGAAAAGCAGAAACAAGUGAAAAGCAAAGAAACUUUGUUGAUACUUGUAAAUCUGUACAAUCUGAGCAAGUUGGAAGCGCAGUAGUCCUUCCAAAACCACCACCAGCCAGGUCAUAUCAACGAUCUCUAGGAUUUUUACCUUUAAUCUGCAAAAAUAACACUGAUGAAGUGGUAGCAACUAAAGGGAAUAAACAAUCACACCAGCAAACUCACAAAAUGGUGUCUGAAAACACUGUUGGAUGUCCAACUUUGUUCUCAAGAAACAACAGUGAAGAGUCUCAAGAGGGCAAUUCCUUCCCAUCAACCAUCUCAUCACCUUCCAAAUGUGAGAAUGAAGGCUCUUCUACUAUUAAGGUUUUUUCUGAGUUAUCUGAGCACGAAGGAUCUUCUAAGGAACAGGAAAAAGAGGAAGAGCCAACCAGGAUCUCAGAAUAUUUCUUUAGUGAUAUUUUUAUGGAGGUGGAUGAUUCUGAGUAACCUAGAAACUUACCAGAUGCCUGACAUUCAACAUACUGUAGUUAGCAAUGUAACCCAUCACACAUUCUCAAUUAGCCCUUACAUUUAGUGCAAUAUAAGCAGUCUUGCUGGAAGAUAGAAUUAUUUUUCUCUUAUUCUGAAUAAUCUGUCUUCUGAAGAAAAAACUCACAAUAUGUUAAAUUUUUAAUUAUAUAUUUUCAGAACAGCAACCAGUCUGUGUUUUAUAUUGGUACAAGUAGCUUCUAGAUGCAUGGCUAUGCUUUAGAAAUACAAUGAGAACAUCUGUAUUACCAUGCACCACCUAAAUAUAAUAGUUACGUUUGUGGAGCUGGUUGUAAAUUAUGUUUACUUCUUUUUGUGAAGUAAAUCUUUAUAGGGGAGGGAUCACUUAUCUCUGUAAGUAAGAAAUUUCUGAACUUUUCAGUGUAAUAAUAGUAAUUAUUAUUACAUUAAAAGUAUUUUGGUGGCUUUUAAAAAUGUAUUUUUAUAACAAAUGCAUGUGAAUUGCUUCAAAAAGGUAAUGAUUAAUUCAUUUUAAAUGUACAGAGAUAAAUGUGAAAAAAUAUUUAUUUAACUUGAAUGUAUAGAAAGAUAACUAUCCCAAGUGGAUAGAGCAAACAUAUGGUCCCUAGAAAAGUGUCCCAGGGACCACAGGGUUGUUUGGAGUCCCCCUUCCAAGGCCAUAGACACUGCUAGCACCUCUGGAGGGGGACCCCAAGUUUUGUGUCUCUAUCUACCUGUCUUAUAGUCUCAGCAGGAUGUGAAUUUGCUAAAGGGCACAUCUUCCAUUCAUCAUUGUUAGAAACUUGUCUAAAUUAACUACAUGCUUCAGUCUGAAAAAGCUGCCCUUUAAGAACUGUUUUCUCUGCAAUCUUUGUGAGUUAGUGAUUGGAUCCCAAAUUCUGGUUGUUUCUUUUACUGCGAUUAGCAAUUGAAGAUAUUUUUCCCCAUAAAUAUUUAUUAAUAUAUGCAAUUUUUAUGAAGUAACUCUCCUCACCUGCAAUGAUUCAGUAAUACUACAAUUUUUGUAUAAUUAAAGAGCUACUUCUGUUUCCUGGAUAAUCUGUUUUGUGCAUAUAUCAUCCCAAAACAGAAUUACUGAUAUUACUAAAUUUUCUAUGAAAAGCAUUAGACUCUUCACUUCUUAUAAAGAGAAUGGGUUGGAUCCAGAUGACUUAGCCAUACUUAGAGUAGAACCAUUGAAACAAAUGGAACUUGUUAAAGGAUUUUAAUGGAUCUGUUCAAAGUCUGGAUCCAACCCAAUUUAUCAGUUAUUAGUAACAAAUCAAUAUCUUAAUUAUCAGACUUGACAAACCUUGAUAGGUUUGUAGUAUUUGAAGGAAGCCCCAAAUAAAACAAAACUAGCCAAUUUAAUGUGAAUAAUUUACCAAGGUCAAUGGACUCAGAGAAACAUUAACAUUUUUCAGUGAUAAAAAUUAAAGUGGAAUCAGUUCUAGCAUGGGAAAAGUGUGUUCUUCAUGCUGAUGCAUGGAAGAGGUAUAAUGUAAUCUCAAAUAAUGUACUCUCAAAAGGCUACAGAAAUAAUGAAAAUCUUAAUUGUGUAACCUGCUGGAAUGAUUUUAGAUUGCAAUGCAAAACAAAAUUAUUUUUCAGAAAUCAUAUAAAAGAUAAACUCAUCUAUAAGGUGCCUUAACUUUCCUUGCUAAAUGGAAAGGACAAGAGAUCCUGUUAGUUUUCAUUGUAAACCAUGUUCUCCUAGUUAACCCUUUUAAACGUUUUUAAAACAAGCAGGUUUCUCUCUGGCCAUGAAUACUGUAUAUAUUAAUGACAGUAGGAAACUGAACAUCCUUGGUUAAGGAACAGAGAAUUUCAUUUCCAUUAAAAUGUGAUAAAUGUUUGACACACAUUUUUCAAUGGUGUGUAAUGUUCAUUUGUAAGCUUUCUGUUUCAAAGAAAGCGGUCCUGUUAUAUAUGUAAAUUAUGUGAAUAAAUAAUUUUGUAAGGUU